AUGUUGCCAAAGACGACAUGUAUUCUUAUUUUGCAGGGUAAAGAGAAGGGUAUUCUCAAACUAGAACCCCGCCCUCGGGUCGUAGUCGACACUAAAUCGGAACUAACCCCACAGGGCUCCUGUGAUCGGCCACCGACAUCCCCGCAACCUUCGGUAGACCGCCUGUCAGUGACCUGGGCCGAACCGGGAAGCAUGACUUCAUCAGGGGUCAAUUUAUUCCAUCUUCCUUCUGAAACACCGAUCAGCAAUGAGGUUAAAUUUUCACCCGCAGCGGGAGAUUUAUCGGAUGAUGAGGACUACUCGGCCAGCUUAAGCGUUGUGUUGCGGCAAAGACGUGCUAGUGUCCGUCGUUCUCGAAAAGGUAGAAGCAGACGACCCUCUUCCCCAUUUCUACCGGAUGAGAAUCGAUCUAGAAGACGUUCGUCUAUCUUCACUACGAGCUCUGGCGACACAGCAAUUUCUAUUGAUGAAGCACCACUGGUGACGCAAGAGCAAAUCUUUGAAAACAUUCAUCUUCACAAGGAAGUCCUUGGCUCAGUGAAACAACAACCUCUUGGAAUGCGCCGAAAGCUAAAGAUUGUUCAUCAGGCUAAAGGUUACAUAAAACGUCAUGAAGGGCAGCUUCAAGAACGGCUAGCGCAAUCAAAAAGCACACGAGACAUCUACGCUCGUUUUAACAUUCUAAUAGCUACGAAAUGGCAGCAACUAAAGCGCGAGGCAGCCAAUACAUCCAACCUGCUUAUACCCUGGGAACUACGCAUCAAGGAAAUCGAAUCGCAUUUCGGAUCAGUUGUAGCCUCCUAUUUCACUUUUCUGAGGUGGCUGUUUUGGGUUAACUUGGUCAUCGCCUUUAUUUUACUUGUGUUCGUCAUCGUACCUGAGUAUCUCACAGCGAAUCCAUUACAAGAUGGGGAAAGAAAAAUCAUAAUGGAAGAAGAGCGACCAAAUUCUACGAAACUGCUCACAGUUUGGGAGUUUGAAGGGGUGUUAAAGUAUUCUCCUAUUUUCUACGGCUAUUAUAGUAAUGUCGAAAGACCAGAAUAUCGAAUGCCGCUUGCUUAUUUCCUUACAGGCUUGGUGGUGUACAUUUAUAGUUUCGUCGCCAUAUUGAGGAAAAUGGCAGAAAAUUCACGCAUGUCAAAAUUGUCAGAAAAGGAAGACGAAUGUAUAUUUUCUUGGAAACUAUUUACAGGCUGGGAUUUCAUGAUAGGCAAUACGGAAACAGCUCAUAACCGUAUUGCUUCAAUUAUUCUAAGUUUUAAGGAAGCUUUAUUAGAAGAAGCUGAAAAAAAGAAAGAUUUAAGGAAUUGGCGUAUUAUUUCAUUGCGAGCACUGGUAAAUAUUUGCGUCAUUAUUCUACUUGGAGUAUCUGCAUAUGCAGUAGUAACAGUGGUGUCUCGCUCUGAUGAUAACUCUAAAUCUCACAGUUGGUGGCGAGAGAAUGAAACUACUAUCGUAGUGACUGUAAUCUCAAUCACGUUUCCAGUCUUUUUUGAGCUCCUUGGCUUUUUAGAACAUUACCAUCCCAGAAAACAAUUGAGACUCCAACUUGCAAGAAUUAUGUUGCUAAACUUGCUCAACUUAUAUUCCCUAAUAUUCGCCCUAUUUAGUAAAAUUGAAGGAAUGAGCAAAGAGUUAGAUUCACUACAGCCUACUCUAAAUAUGAACGCAUCUGCUGUUCCUGAAAAUGCAUUAGAUUUAAGUGAAUCCUUAAUAAAAAGUGUACCAACAUCGUGUUAUGAAAUUGCUAUACCAUGUUUACCUUGCCAUUUGCUGACAUCGUCACAGCAAUUUUCUAAAAGUACUUUAAAUGCAACACCAGAAAUUCCUUUUACUAUAAAUAGGGCUACAACUAAAACACCUUUUACAGUUAACCAAAAUCAUAAUCUAGAAAUACCUCAAAACUUGAAAAAAUACGACAAAAAUGAAACAUAUACAGUAGGCGAAGAAGUACCUACUCCAAAUAGUAUUUUGCUUACAAUAAAAGAACUUGCCCGGCUUAGAAACAUAAGCAGUAUACCGGGAAAUACUACAGAAUCAGAUGAAACUAUGGCAGAUAUUUAUGACUAUGACACUGAUGUUGAAUACUAUGAAACAACUGCAGCUGAUGUAACAACCUCAAGUACUUUUGCAAUGAAUAAUACAUCAGCUGAAUACACAGAAGAAUACCCAAACAUCACGGAACAACUUAAUAUAAUUAAUAAUUCCUAUUUUUCGAAAAUAACCAUUUUAAGUAGCCCUUCCUAUGAAUUAUCUUUAAGUACUGAUACAAAUAAUGACACAGAUAUUAAGUCAACGACUGAAAUUAUAUAUGAGGAUAAAAGUUUUAAAACAAGUGAGGGUUCCUCAGCAGCUACAUAUGAAAGUAUUCUAUCUCAAUCGGAAACUUAUACUAAAAUUACAGUUCUUGACACAACUGAAGCUACAGUAGAAGAAACGAGUUUAAAAAUUGUACUUAGUAAUACUUCAAAUGAACACAAUAAUGUAUCAACAACUACAAAUAAUCCAUUCAGCGAAGAAAACUUCGAUACGUCAGAUUUCAACGACAAUAUACAUUUCUUCGAGAGUACAACCAGCCUUAAUACAGAUUGGCUAGAAAUAGAUAAUAUGAGCACAAUCGCGACAGAUUUUUUGACUAGCUCGUAUAUUAACGAUUUGACGAUAUGCCCAAAUAUUACGUUCAAUUGGUCUGUUAACUGUGGUGAAAAGAAUAUAACCCAAGUUUUUUUUCUGUUUAAUUGCUCUAUAACUGAAAUUAAAUGCUACAUAAAUGAAUGUGAUAUAUCAGUAAUACGCAAAGAUACAAAUAAGCGCCAAAUAAAUACGACUGCUGUUGAUAUCGUAUACUUUGAUCAAAAUAACAGAAAGAUGUAUAAUCUAACAAAAGCUACUCGAAAGAAAUUAUUAAAACUUUGUUGGGAAACCAUGUUUGGACAAGAGUUAGUAAAAUUGACCGUGAUGGAUUUGGUAUUUGUUUUAUUAGGUACUUUAUUUAUGGACUUUUUUCGAGCUUUAUUCGUGAGGUAUAUGAACCGUUGUUGGUGCUGGGAUUUGGAGAAAAAGUUUCCUGAAUACGGUGAUUUCAAAAUUGCAGAAAGCAUUUUACAUCUUAUAAAUAAUCAAGGAAUGGUUUGGAUGGGAAUGUUUUUUUCGCCUGGUCUUGUUGUACUUAAUGUUUUCAAAUUAAUGAUUAUGAUGUAUUUGAGAUCUUGGGCUGUUAUGACGUGCAAUGUCCCACAUGAGGUUGUUUUUAGAGUAUCCAAAAGUAAUAACUUUUACUUAGCUUUGUUACUAACCAUGUUAUUUUUAUGCGUGUUACCUGUUGGAUACACUAUCGUUUGGGUAAAGCCUUCAUGGCAUUGUGGACCAUUCUCAGAAUAUGAAAAAAUAUAUCAAAUAUUGACAAAUAACAUUUAUAAAAUACUACCAAGAAGUCUUAACUUUGCGCUUGAAUAUAUUGCAUCACCUGCAAUUGUUAUUCCAUUGUUGGUCCUGUUGAUACUGAUUAUAUAUUACCUAACAUCACUAACUAAUUCUUUAAGAGAAGCUAAUAACGAUUUAAAGAUUCAGUUACGUCGCGAACGAACGGAAGAAAGGAGGAAAAUGUUUCAACUAGCUGAUACCAGAAGACGUGGAGGGCCUUCUGAUAUGGAUAGUACACCUUUUUCACGUUGGAAAAAAGCCUUACCAUCACUUCCUAUGAGCAAAUCUAUCGAUUCAGAAGAUCGAAAAACUAUAGCACCAGAUGAAAUGAAAGAUAACCCAAAGAUCACAAAAAAGCAAGGUGGAAUAUUCGCAAAAAUUGUUGGCCUAGCCCUUGAUAAAAAGCCAAUAAUAAAAGCAGAAACAUCAGAACUGCCAUUGCCACGAACUGUCGAUGAUGAAACAGACACCGAAUUUCAUGAAAAUUUACCAAAAGAAAUAUUAAAAAUCAAGGAUAUUACUGUCGUCAAAAUGGCAGAUCAUAAGAAAAAGUCUAAUGUAGAAUUCAAACCCAGUGACAGCGGGUUAGCAAAACAAAGAACUGAACCAGUUAAAAUAAAAAUAGAAAAGAAGGCUAUCUUAGAGAAGUUUAAAAAAGAUAAAAUCAUUGAAGAAGAUACCUCCUCUUUAUCAUAUAAGACAGCGAACAAAGAAAUAACUGAAAAAAACUAUGAAACUCUUGAAAAAAAAAUCAACAAAAAGCAGACAUCAGAAUCAAGCACUCAGUCAAAGCAAUCAGAUUCAAUUAGUUCCGUAAUACCUGUUAUAACUAUUAGUACAACAGAAAGUGAUGAUGAAAUUUUGCAACCACCGAGAAUAUCAGAGGAGGCCAAUAGUAAAAAAAGUGAAUAUCAAACUAAGAAGGAAGACCUUGCAAAAAAAUCUAAACGACAUACUUCCGAUUUAAAGUCACUUCGUAGACAAAGCAGCGUGGAUAGCAUCAAUGAUAACAAAGCACAUAAAGGGAAAAUGUCAGAAGAUGGACAUAAAUAUCAAUAUUCCUUGUGA